AUGGGAGAGACGUCAACAACAGAGUCAGAACAUCGGAUGAUGCUUGGCUUUGCAGAUCCAAUGAAAAUCGAUCCUAGAAGAGAUAGGUUCCCAUGCUGCAUUGUGUGGACGCCUCUCCCUUUCAUCUCAUGGCUCGUUCCCUUCAUCGGCCACGUGGGUAUUUGCAGAGAAGACGGUGUCAUCCUCGACUUUGCAGGACCUAACUUCGUCUGUGUUGACAAUUUUGCAUUUGGAGCUGUGUCUCGCUAUAUCCAAAUCAACAAGGAAAAGGAGUCAUCUAUGUCUUCCGGUUCCUGUUUGUUCAGUGGUGAGAGCAGCAGAUACGAGCAAGAAGAAGGCUCUCAUGAGAAAGAGCCAACAUGGGAUGAUGCGCUGAGAAAAGGCAUACAAGAGUACCAACACCAUUCAUACAACAUCUUCACAUGCAACUGUCACUCCUUUGUAGCCAACAACCUGAACCGUCUAGCGAUAAGGUCAGGCGGUUGGAACGUGGUGAAUCUCGCUGCGCUUGUGUUCCUCAAGGGACGUUGGGUGAGCAAAACGGCGAUGGUGAAGUCCUUGCUGCCUUCAGUCAUAGUCUACGCUUUAGGAAUAUUACUUGGUGGUUGGACUUUCAUAGCUUCCUGCUCGAUCCUAGCGGUUUUGCUUACCGGUUGGUUCAUCAUAGGAACGUAUUGUUUCAAGAACUUGAUCCAGCUGUAG